CAACAAAAUCGAAACCACGCUGCCCUCUCCCAGGUGGAGUGUCGCGCAAACAUGGGACGUAAGCCGAACGCCUUGAUCCUCGAGUUCUUCGAGAGAGGCGCCAAGUUGGCCGACCAGAGCAACAGAUACGAACACAGCUGUAAAAGAUGCGGCGAGGUGUUUCCCAAAGGAAGACCCGACAGUUUGACACGCCAUUUGUUUGAAAAAUGCCCAAACAUCACCGACGAGGACCGCUCACGCGCUUUGUGGCAGCCCGCCGACAAUUAUACCGCCUCGAACAACACAACUCCCCAAUCAGAUGGAGAUCUUCCUCUGAUGCCACGCCGUGAACCCUCGGGUCUAGACGCACUUGCCGAAGUCUCGCGUCAACUGCAGGCCAAUGGUCAGCACGAAGAGGCUCUGGUAGCCCAACUGAGACAGCACAUGGACCAAGAGAAGGACAACGGCCCCUUGAUGCACACGGCAAGUGCUGCUACGGAUUUGGCCCAGCAGUUGCACCCUAAGAAGUCAAGAAAGCGCAGAGCUGAAUCUGACGCUGCUCCACAACGCCAGCACCCGCUGCCACACCCGAAUUCACACUUGCAUUCACACUUGCAUUCGCAUCAACAUACCCAUGCCCAUCAACACGUGGAUCCGCAACUACAACAGUCCGAAGACUACUCCUCCUUCGUCAAUCACAUCGAAGACGCCCCUUCUCAGCACUCGCCUCAGCAGUCCCAGUCGUCUCAGCAACACCAACGUCAGCAGUCACAACAGCCUCAGCAGCUUCAAAACACACCACAAGCACAACAGUCUCAGCAGCCACACCUACCCGUACAGCAACCAGCACAGCCAUCGCCCCAACAGCCUGUGCAGUCUCCUGCCCAAGUCCAUCAUCCUUCCCAGCAAUCGACUGGCACACAAACACCACAGCCACAAGAAGCCGCUUCGCAGAACUACUCAGAGCCAGCAUUCACCGUCAACCAUGGCGGUUUCGGUCUGCUGCAACGCGCCAACAAGAACAAGGUGCGCGGCAGAUUUACUGAAGAGAGACGCAAGGAAGUUCAGACUGUGCGCAAGAAGGGCGCCUGCCUCCGCUGUCGCAUGUUGAAGAAGCCCUGCUCUGAAGGCACUCCCUGCGGCACCUGCCGGAACAUCGAGAGUGCCAGACUGUGGAAGAACGCAUGCAUCCGCUCUCGUAUUGCCGAAGAGUUCACUCUCUACUCGUCCUCCUUCUUUCAUGCAAAGGACCACCACACCGUCCUCGGUGCCCUCGAAGGCGUCGAGCCCAUGCAGCUGCCUGGAAGAAUCGAGGUCACCCUCUUUGCCGACACACACAUCUAUGCCACCUUUCCCGCUCUGAUGACACCUCCCACCGCCCCGUCUCUCAUCUUUAUGCUUAACUACCGUCGAGACCCAGACACGCUGGCUGCCACCUUGGAACGCUACCUGCACAUGGUCAUCAUGCAGUGCAUCUCGCGCGAACCCUCGACCUUCAUGCGCUCCACUCUCGAAGUUGCUACUGAGCUGAGUGUUGAUCACAAUGAUGUUCUACUUGGCAAGCUGAUCAACCUUUGGGCUGCUACAAACAUUCUGAUCUCGAAUGAGCCCAUCUGGUCCAUCUUCUACGAGCCCAACCACCCUCCAGUCAUGGAAGCUGUCCACGGCGAGCACCCCGAGGAAGGCGCAUCUGCUUCUUCAGACAAGAACCAGUCGGACCGCAAGGCCUUCUCACAAGACUCCACAGACUACACCGUCAUCUACGCGCAGCUGCAGCAUGCCGCCGAGCGAUACUGCCAGAAGCAAGCAAAGUUCGUCAUGAAUGAGCUUGAGCGCCGUCUCCUGCAACGUCAACAGUCGUCUUCUUUUCUGACCUUCCUCGCUGCCGUCAUCCUGCUCAAUUGCGUCGAGCGCAUGACUGGUCUCUAUCGCUCCUUCGAUCCAACCGGAUUUUCUUCCAACGACGACAUUCACGCUCAGCUGACCACAGACAACAACGAGGAUUCCUCUCACCAGCCCGUGGCAUCUCCUGGUGAGACCUCCGAUCGUCCAGGAGACUGGGCGUUGGAAGAAGCACCCAACCACUUCUGGCCUCAGGGUGAAUCCUUCAGCAACCUCGUGCAUCUGCUUCUCCGCAUGCGCGGUCUUCCUCCUGCCACAUUAGUCCGCCACACUGGUAGUCUGGUCGUCAUCCCAAGCUCGCACAACAAGGCUUACAGCUCUGAGACCCAAGGCCCCGCUGCCGAGUCGCAGUUGCAGCUCGCGGCCGCCUGGAUCGAACGUACCAACGUCUCAGCCUAUGAUCUUCUCAGAGCCAAGGACAGACCCAUAUCUGAACUCGGACCCGACCCAAGAACCUGGGAUCUGAGAUUCAUCGCACCUCUGCUGCUGCCGCAGAGUGCCUGAUGUGCUCUGUUCUCCUUUGACUUUCUUCUCUUCUCUGUGGAUAAGAUUGUUGCCUUUACUCAAACGAUUCUUUAAUUUUGCUUGUUUCUUUCUUUCUGCAUGAUAGCGCGGCGUUGGCGGUUCUCUUUGCAUGAUCCUCCUAAAUCAGGUGAUCCUAUAGCUUUUGUUUUUCUGUCAUUUUCUCAAAUCCUUGUACUCGCCUUAGAAAGCUAGGAUGACUGCUUAGUCUUAGCUUUACAAAUACAAGUUUAUAACCAAUGAUCG